AUGAAUGCCUUCCAUAGACUCGGAAGGUUCACACAAUACGUUUCCUCAAACACCGAUCCAGACCACCUACGCCUCCUCCUAUCUUCCUGCGCCAGACAAAACAAUGUCCGCCUAGGUUCUUCUCUCCACGCCGCCAUCAUCAAGAGCCCUCCAUCGUUUUCCACCAAUCAGGAAACAGCCCAUCUGAUCUACAACUCCCUUCUCAAUGUCUACUGCAAAUCCGGCAGAUUCCAUGAUGCCGUCAACCUGUUCAACAAAAUGCCCCUUAGAGACACCGUGUCCUGGAACUCGCUCAUCUCAGGCUUUUUCAGACACGGCCGCCUGCCGGUCGGAUUCCGGUACUUCAAGAAGCUGUUGGGUUCUAGUAUGGAAAGGUUCGAUCACGCAACCCUAACCUCCGUGUUGUCUGCCUGUGGGGAAAUCGAGUCGCUCGAGAUGGUGAGUGUGCUUCACGCACUGGCAGUCUUGAGCGGUUACGAGAAGGAGACUACAGUCGGGAAUGCCCUGAUCACGUCCUAUUUCCGGUGCCGGGCUUUCGGGUCGGGCCGUCGUGCUUUUGAUGAGAUGUCGGUGAGGAAUGUGGUUACAUGGACAGCCGCUGUCUCGGGUCUGGCCAAGAACGAGUUGUAUGCAGAAAGCUUGGAUCUUUUUGUGGAUAUGUGUACACAUGGCACUGUUUCCCCAAACGCUCUCACCUAUUUAGGUGCUCUCUCGGCAUGCUCCGGGCUCCGGGCCCUGAACGAGGGUGCUAAGAUUCACGGGGCCCUUUUAAAGUCAGGGCUCGACUCAGAUUUACGCGUCGAGAGCACGUUAAUGGACGUGUACUCUAAAUGCGGGUGUUUGGAGGAUGCGUGGCGGAUAUUCGACUCUGCUGAGGUCAUCGAUGAGGUGUCCGUGACUGUUAUGCUCGUGGGUCUUGCUCAGAAUGGGUUUGAAGAGGACGCGGUGCGGAUGUUUGUGAAGACGAUACGGGCCGGGCUGAAUAUUGACCCAGACAUGAUUUCUGCAAUUCUUGGCGUAUUUGGGCUCGGAACUUCUCACGGGGUGCAGAUUCACUCUCUGGUUAUCAAGAAAGGCUUCGGCUCGAAUAUCUUCGUCUGCAACAGCUUGAUCAACAUGUACUCGAGAUGUGGGGAGCUGCAGGACUCGGUCAAGGUCUUUGACUGCAUGCCCGAAAAAAAUCAGGUCACGUGGAAUUCCAUAAUUGCCGCCUUUGCCCGUCACGGGGAAGGCUCGAGAGUGCUCGUAUUUUAUGAAAAGAUGACUUCUUCAGGCGUUAUGCCAAGUGAUGUUACAUUUUUGUCCUUACUUCACGCUUGCAGUCAUGUGGGGCUUCUGCAUAAAGGCAUGGAGUUCUUGCAAUCCAUGGAGGUUACUUACGGGCUGCGCCCUAGGAUGGAGCAUUAUUCUUGUAUGGUGGACGCGCUCGGACGGGCCGGGCUUCUGAGAGAGGCCCGGGAUUUUAUCUCGGGCCUGCCGGUGAAGCCCAACGCGCUCGUAUGGCAGGCUUUGCUAGGGGCUUGCAGCAUUUACAACGACGUUGAUGUGGGGAAGUACGCGGCCGACUGGUUGGCCCGGGCCGAGCCCGACAGCCCGGUUCCGUUUGUUUCCAUGGCCAACAUUUACUCCUCCAAUGGUCGGUGGAAAGAAAGGGCGUGUGCAAUGAAGGAGAUGAAGGAGAAAGGGGUGGCUAAAGAGAUGGGAACAAGUUGGAUCGAGAUUGAUCGAAAGGUUCAUAAUUUUGUGGUUGCAGAUAGAAUGCAUCCGGGUGGUGACGAUGUUUAUGCAGUGGUGUUGGAGUUGUUUGGGCACAUGAGGGAUGAAGGUUGUGUUAUGGAUAUUAUUUCACCUUUCGAUUGCCAGUAG